AUGUCCCUGAGUGAGGUGUAAGUGGGUCUCGGUGACAAUGAGGGGUGGGGGCUGUAGAGUUAGUGGGUUGAGAGACCUCCCUCACUUCAUCUUAUACUUUUCUGGGUCAAAAGAAGUUUCUACAGUAUAGGUGAGAGAGUCUAAGAGGACAAGAUGAAGGUGAAAUACUUUGUCGGGAUUCUUUUGGCUAUGCAAUGCGUCACUGGUGUGUCUACGACAGGAAAUGGACCUGCAUUAACAUGUUGUACAAAAAGAAGCACAACUCAGGUAGAGGUAAAAAAAAUUAAGAGCUACAUGUAUCAAAAUGGACCACCAUGUAAAACCAUAGCUGUAAGGUUUCUCUUGUUUAGUGACAAAACAAUAUGCUCUGAUCCAGAGAAUCCUUGGGCACAACAUGCCAUGAAGAUACUGGAUGAAAUAAAAAACAAAACUAUACGCAACACCUCACCACCAUGGACUUCUACAAGCUGGACAGAAACCACUUCAAGCACAUCCUCACCAGAAGCAAAUACAGAGAGCACAAUAACCAUGACAACCCCUAAAGGAAUAUCAACCACAUGGACACCAAGAACAUCCAUCACUUCUAGAACUUUGAGCAAACAACCACUUGGAACUACCAACAAGCCAUAUCAUUGGACAACAACACAAGUUACAACAAUGAAGAUGACUACUAGGGAGCCAUUAACAAAUGGCAUCAAGACGACUUCCAUGACUACAACAACAGAAAGCCCAGUGACAACACCUAAAGGAACAUCGACCACAUGGAAACCAACAACAUACAUCACUCAUACAACCUCAACCACUGUACAGCCUGUGAAUACGAGCAAGCCACCUCAAUGGAUGACAACAACACAACUUACGACCAGGAAAGAAUAUACUACUACGGAAAGGAAGCCAGUCACAUCUGAAACCAAGACAACUUCCAUGACUAUGACAACAGAAAACAGUGUGGCCAUGACAACACCUAGGAGAGCAUCAUCCACAGCGAAUGUUUCACCAAAAAAAGUGUGCUGCCUAACCAACACCUCAGGAAAGACGAAAAUUCCAUGGACACUCAGACGUUUGAGAAAGAAAAGUAAGAAGGGACUGAGGAGAGCACAAAUGAAGAUUUCAUGUGUAGUAUGUUGAGCAAAACUGCUCAGUUUGCUUUUGAGAUCUUUUUGAGACUGGAAGGUUAAAGGUUAAGAAUCUUUUGCGCUCAUAGACUACCACAGAACAUUGUGAGAAAAAUCUUGUGAUUAUUAUUUGCCCACUUUCUAUAUGUGCAUUGUCUUUCUGUGUUGACUCAUUAGGAGCCAGAUCAGCAUCGCCAAGACUUUUGAGACUUCUGACACAUUGACAUGAGCAUGACACAUAUUGUGGAGAUGCAGAGAUUUGCAGAUGCGUACAUUUAGAUUUAUAUUUAUAGAAUUUGGCAGAGCGACUUAAAGAAAUGCUUUGGAGCCUCCAAGGCCAGGGUUGAAGAAUACAAGCUAAGGCUCUGGGGUGAAUUUUAAUUUCCUUUUUUUUUUUUUUGCUUGUCAUUUAAGUGCAUAUUAAAGCCAGCCAGGAGAAGUUGAUUCCACCACUUGGGUGCCAUGACAUUGAUACCAACAAAUGCCAUCCAUACACAAUCUUAGAUCCUUAAUUGUUACUGAACUGUACACAAUUACAGAUAUGUGUAGUAAUAUAGAUUGAUGUACAUUUAUGCUAUGUGUAUAUAUAUAUGAAUAUAUUUUUUGUUUCACUAUUUACAUACUUUGAUUGUGAAUAUAUAUAUAUAUAUAUAUAUAUAUAUAUAUAUAUAUAUAUAUAUAUAUAUGAGGGAGAGAGCAGUAGAGAGCUUGUCCAACACUAUUUCUGUUGAACCAUUUGCUCUGAUGUGCAAUAAUGCUGUCCAGGGAGUAAUUUCAAUAUAAUGUGAAGUUGCGUCUUGAAUUAAAGUGAUAAAGUGUAUAAGCAUAUACUAUGCUAUUUAUUACAGUGAUUAAAAUAUUUAUGCACCCA